AUGUUGGGGAACCCAGAGUUUCCUCUGUUAUCUAAGGAAGGAGAUAUCACUAUUGGAGGAGCUUUCUCCAUCCAUAGCCAAAUAUCAAAGCCUUCACUCUCCUUCACAAAUGCUCCAGAAUCUCUCAUAUGUUCCAGGAUACAUUUUAGAGAAUUUCGUUUUGCCCAAACAAUGAUUUUUGCCAUCCAGGAGAUCAACAAUAGCAGCUCUCUGCUGCCUAAUAUCUCAAUUGGUUAUAAGGUAUUUGACAGCUGUGGUUCAACAUUGACUUCAAUGCGUGCAGUGAUGGGUCUAAUGAAUGGGCAGGAAAGGACUUUGGGUAAAACCUGCUCAAGACAGUCAUCUGUUCAUGCCAUCAUUGGGGCCUCUGAGUCCUCCUCUACUAUUGUGAUGCUACACAUUUCAGGGAUUUUCCAAAUACCAGUGAUCAGCCACUUUGCCACUUGUGCUUGUCUAAGUAACAGAAAGGAAUAUCUCUUCUUCAGAACCAUCCCUAGUGAUUACUAUCAGAGCAGAGCCUUAGCAAAACUGGUAAAGCACUUUGGCUGGACAUGGGUAGGCGCAGGUUAGAAGUGGACCAAUGACUAUGGUAACAACGGCAUGGAAACAUUUAUCACAGCUGCAAGCCAGGAGGGGGUCUGUGUUGAGUACUCAGAGGCCAUUUCGAGGACUGACCCCAGUUGGCAGGUUGCCAGGGUGGUCAGAGUGAUCCAUAGUGGCAGUGCAAGGGUCUUAGUUGCCUUCCUCGCCCAGGGCGAGAUGGACAUUCUGCUUGAGGAAGCUCUGAAGCAGAACUUGACUGGGCUGCAGUGGGUGGGCAGUGAGUCCUGGAUUACGGCUGGUCAUCUGGCCACUGAGAGGUACUCGGGAAUCCUAACAGGGUCUCUGGGCUUCACCAUCAGAAAAACAAAGAUAGCAGGCCUGCGAGAGUUUCUUUUGAAGGUUAACCCAAGUCAAAACCCACACAAUAAUCUGCUGAGAGAGUUCUGGGAAGCCACAUUUGGUUGCAGUUUCCAAUCUAAUUUGCAGGGUCAGACUCAGUGCUCUGGCUCUGAGAGACUAGAGGACAUCAACAAUCCUUUCACAGAUGUGACAGAGCUCAGGAUAUCUAACAAUGUGUAUAAAGCUGUGUAUGCUGUGGCUCAUGCAAUGCAUAACAUGUUAAAAUGUGGACAAAAUGAUGAAGCUGUGAAUCAGUCAUGUAACUGGAAAGAUAAUGUACAGAUUAAACAGGUGGUGAAACACCUCCAAGUUGUGAAUUUCACUCUUCCAUCAGGAGAAAGAGUUAAUUUUGAUGGACAUGGAGACCCUGCAGCAACAUAUGAGCUGGUGAACUGGCAGAGAAACCAAGCAGGAGAUACUGUGUUUGUGGCUGUAGGGAGCUACGAUGCAUCUCUACCAAAAGGAAAACAGUUUAUCGUGAACGAAAUAAACACAACAUGGGCUGCUGAAUCCCCAAAGAGGCCACAGUCCGUCUGCAGUGAGAGUUGUCCUCCAGGUUUCCGGCAGGCGGUGAUUAAGGCAAAACCCAACUGUUGUUUCUCAUGCAUCACCUGUGCUGCUGGACACAUCAGCAAUUCCAGCAAUACGGGAGAAUGCUCCCGCUGUCCACUGGAGUACUGGUCAAAUGAAGAUCACAGCCAGUGUGUUCCAAAGGUGAUUGAGUUCCUAUCUUUUGGAGAAACCAUGGGCGCCCUUCUCACCGCUUUCUCAUUGUUUGGAGCAAGCUUAACACUGGUGGUGUCAUGUGUCUUUUUUUGGUUUCAUCACACACCUCUUGUGAAAGCCAGUAACUCUGAGCUGAGCUUUCUGCUGCUCUUCUCCUUGACUCUGUGUUUCCUGUGUUCUCUGACCUUCAUAGGCCGGCCCACUGAGUGGUCCUGCAUGCUGCGACACACAGCAUUUGGCAUCACCUUUGCCUUGUGCAUAUCUUGUAUCUUGGCGAAAACUUUAGCAGUGGUGAUCGCCUUUAAGGGCAAAAGGCACAACACAGUUCCUCAGUGUUCUGCUCCACUUCAGAGAACAAGUGUUCUUAGCUGUACAUUACUGCAGGUGUUAGUUUGUGUGCUGUGGUUAAUUCUCGCCCCACCAUUCCCCUACAAAAAUACAGCUUAUGCCACUGAAAGGAUAAUUCUAGAGUGUAAUUUAGGUUCACAUAUAGGUUUCUGGGCUGUGCUGGGGUAUAUAGGAAUCCUGGCUGUGCUAUGCUUUAUCCUUGCCUUUCUGGCUCGAAAGGUGCCUGAUAAUUUCAAUGAAGCUAAAUUCAUCACCUUCAGCAUGCUGAUAUUCUGUGCAGUCUGGGUUACUUUUAUCCCAGCGUAUGUCAGUUCUCCUGGGAAGUUUACUGUAGCUGUAGAGAUAUUUGCUAUUCUGGCCUCAAGCUUUGGCUUACUAUUUUGUAUAUUUGCUCCAAAAUGUUAUAUUUUACUGCUAAAACCAGAGAGAAAUACAAAAAAACAUAUGAUUGGGAGAAACCAGUAA